AUGGGUGGGAUACUUUGUAAAGCAAUAGUACCAUUUAUGUUCAAACUUAUAUUUGUUAACAUGUUGUUUUAUGCAUAUGCUGUCAGAUCUGAAAUUGGAACUGAAGAAUUAGAAGAAUUGUUGAGGGAAUCUAAAAAGAAGAAAAACAAUGAAAAAUCUGCUGCACAGGGGGAAAAGGGAGUUGACAUGCGAUCGACAAAAGGUCACUAUGACUCAUCUGAGACAAUACCAGACAUAAACUUAAGCAGUGAUGAUCCUUUGUCUCAAGGACACACAGAUCAAAGUAGCAUAAACAAACCGGCAGAGAGCAUGUUGAGUCUAGUUGAAGAGUCGGCCAAUGAGCCAGCUGAAGAGAACAUGAUGGUUGUGCGGGUAGAGACACAGUCAGAAAUCGAAGCGCUUUCAAUAGUUCUGAUUCAAGUUUGUCUACCACUAUCCCAAACAACCACUGAGCCAGAAAUUGAACCAACCCCUAUGCCAGAAAUUGAACCAACCCCUGCAAAGUCUCCAAGUGAAAAAAUUAAUGAAGAAACUGCAAAAAGGUAAGGAAUAAUCUUGGGGUGUAUUUGUUUAUUGUUUGGGUGUAUAUUGUCUUUGUU